UAUUAACCAUAUUAAUUGCACAAGUAUAUUGACUUUAUUGAAAGUGAAAAGAAUAUUAUUAUCAUGGUGUACUUUUUAUUUUUCGUUAUACUUAUUAUAUUAGGAUUUUGGUGUUAUUAUUUGAAUUUGCAUUACAAUAGAGAAGGCAGAUUAAUUAAUAAAUUAUCGGGGCCUAGGCACAUACCUAUUUUUGGGAGUAUGUUCGAACUACACACAACUCCUACUGAAAUAAAUGCUAAAUUACGAUAUUGGAGUGAAAUUUACAAACCAAUUUAUAAAUUUUGGUUAGGUUUUAAACCUUUAAUACUUAUUAGUCAUCCAGAUGAUUUAGAGAUUUUACUCACAAAUUCGAAACACAUUAAUAAGCAAUACGCUUAUGAAUGUUUUGGUCCAUGGUUGGGAACUGGUCUUCUAACAUCAGUAGGAGAAAAAUGGCAUCGACGCCGAAAAAUCUUGUCAAAAGCUUUUCAUUUUAAUAUUUUAAAAAAAUAUAUGGAUAUAACAAAUGUACAUGCACAGAAACUCGUUUCAAAAACUAAACUCGAAGGAAAGGAGACAAAACAGAAUCUCUUACAAUUUUGCUCGACACAUACAUUAAAUAUCAUUUGUGAAACAGCGAUGGGGGUGUCAUUAGACAAUGAUAAUACUGCAAAAAUAUACAAAAAUUCAAUUUAUAAAAUCGGCGAUAUUAUCAUUUAUAGACUGCUUCGACCAUACAUAACAGAUUGGAUGUUACCUUUCAUGCCGAAAUUCAAUAAGGAAUAUAAAGAGGUUUUGCAUAAUCUUAAUUCUUUUACACAUAACAUAGUGCAGGAGAGGCGGAAAUAUCAUGAAAAAACAAAUUAUGUAUUCCUGGAUAAAAUAUACGAGGACGAAGUAGCAGAAUCAAAAUCAGACGAAACUUAUUCUGUUCAAAGAAAAAAAUUAUCAAUGCUUGAUCUGCUUUUGGAAACUGAGAGAUCUGGCGGAAUAAAUGAGGAAGGAAUUAAGGAAGAGGUAGCUACUUUUAUUUUUGAAGGACAUGAUACAACAGCAAUGGGUUUGUGUUUUGCUAUACUACUUCUUGCACAAAAUGAAGAAGCUCAAAAUAUUGCUAGAAACGAAGUGGAGGACAUUUUGAGGCCAAAAGAUGGAAAACUAGAUAUAUCAGAUUUACAAAAAAUGAACUAUCUUGAAAGAUGUAUUAAAGAAACACUUAGAAUAUUCCCAUCGGUUCCUUCAAUUACGCGCUAUCUAUUGGAAGAUGUUCACUUAAAACAUACGACGAUUCCUCGAAAUACUAACGUAAUUAUCAACUUUAUCGAUGCACAUAGAAACCCAGAAUUUUGGCCAGAACCAGAGAAAUUUGAUCCCGAUAGAUUUUUACCAGACCAAAUAAAAUCACGACAUCCAUUUGCUUAUGUACCUUUCAGUGCUGGACCUAGGAAUUGUAUAGGACAAAAAUUUGCUAUGUUGGAAUUGAAAUCCUUACUUGCAAAUAUUUUAUAUAAUUUUUACUUGGAACCCAUUGAUUAUAUUUGUGAUUUUGAAUUAUAUCAGGAUAUUGUUAUACGCCCUGACAAGCCAAUUCAUACUAAAUUUAUUCAAAUAGACAGAAAGUAA